AAUAACCGCAUAUUGGCCAUAGCAGCAACAGUAUGAAUAUAAUCAUCAUGCAAGAAUAAAAUAACAAGAAUGUUUCUCAAUAGGUGGCGAUGUCCUUCCAUGUAUGAGCAAAACAAGAAAUAAGUAGACAAACACUCUAUAUACUUCACUCAUAUUUUGAUUGAAAAUUUUUGUGUUGAUAAAAUUUGGAAGUAGAAAUUUCGCGGCAAUCAAUCCAUUAUUGAAUUUUACCAGCUACUUUUGAUUGUUUGAAUACGAUAUUCUUAUUCGAUUUUUUCUUCCUGAAAUGCCUAAACGUUUCAAAUCGAAAGAGAUGUCCGAUUUUCAACGUGGCCGAAUCGUGGGUCAAUCCGAAGGUGGCCAAUCACAACGAGAAAUAUCGGCCGACUUAGAUAUACCUUUGUCGACUGUAAAUAAAAUUAUUGUCGAAUUCAAAACCAGAGGAAAAACAUCUACUGAUCCGAGACCGGGACGUCCAGGACCACCAGAAUGUCUUUUACAAGCAAUCAAAUCAGCUAUCGAUACGAAUCCACGUCUUAAAGCUUAUGAAUUGGCCGAUUUAUUUCAGAUAAGUCCACGUUCGAUUCAAAAUUAUCUUCAUCGUUUGGGCUAUAAAUGCUGUACUGUACGACGAAAAUACGUAUCAAAAAAUUAUAAAAAGAAAUCUAAAAAUCAAAAUCAGCUACAAUUGGAGCAAUCACAAGAGACGGAUUUAGCUGACGAUACUGGUGGUCAAUUCGUUAUUGAUGAAAAUUGUAAAGCUGAACCACAAGAAGAUCAAUCAUCGACAAUUGUCAAAACAAUGCCAUAUCAAGAACAAAGACAAACAUCGGAAACAAAUACUUGAUUUCAUUAUUUUAAUUAGAUUGUUAUAUAAAAUAAAAUUAUAAGUGAAAGUUUAAAA